AUGGCUGCCCAAACCUCCCCUUUGGCAUGGCUUUCGCUUAUCAGCUUCACUCUUGCUAUGCUUAUCUGCUGCUGCUAUGGUUCCUCUGAUAACAGACAGGUUUGCAUUGUUUAUAUGGGGAACCUGCCAAAGGGUGAGGUUUCAAUUUCAAGCCUUCACACUAGUAUGCUUCAACAAGUUCUCCCCAGAUACUUAUUAUUUGCAUGUUCUUUUGGCAAUAUUGUUGGAUCAGAUGUUUUGCUCUACAGCUACCACAGGAGUUUCAAUGGCUUUGCUGCCAAAAUGACCAAAGAUGAAGCAGAAAAACUGAAAGAAAAAGAUGGGGUGGUAUCAGUUUUCCAUAGCCAAAAGAGGCAGCUUCACACAUCAAGGUCAUGGGACUUUAUGGGAUUUAACAGAAAAGUCAAAAGAUCUGUCUUCGAAAGUGACAUCAUCGUCGGAAUGCUUGACACCGGGAUUUGGCCGGAAUCUCAAAGCUUUAACGACACCGAAAUCGGUGCAAUUCCAGCAAAAUGGAAAGUCACCUGCCAAACCUCAGCCAAUUUCACUUGGAACAGGUAA